AUGGCUAUCAUUCCCAUUCUGAACGAAGACACGGCUGUCCUCUGGCAGAGGAUCAACGAGAAAGUGGAGGAACCCCGGAGUCAGCGCCGCAUCAUUUUGAUCAUCGUUUGCGUGGCUCUACUGUUGGACAAUAUGUUAUAUAUGGUAAUCGUGCCAAUCAUUCCCGACUAUCUGCGAGACAUCGGCGCCUGGACUACACAUCUGGAGGGCGCCGACAUUGAGUAUCGAAACGUGUCGAAUAAGUUCGUGCCCUUCCGUGUCGGCGGUAUCACUGUCUAUGAGGGCGAAGACACUGCCGUCGGAAUGCUAUUCGCCUCAAAGGCUUUCGUUCAGCUCUUCAUUAAUCCAUUCUCCGGGCAUAUCAUCGAUCGCAUCGGUUAUGACAUACCAAUGAUGAUCGGCCUCACAAUCAUGUUUAUCUCGACCGCAGUGUUCGCUUGUGGACAGAGUUAUGGCAUACUAUUCCUGGCGCGAAGUCUUCAGGGCGUGGGCUCUGCCUUCGCCGACACAUCCGGCUUAGCGAUGAUCGCCGACCGCUUCACCGAAGAACAGGAGCGCCAGAAGGCGUUGGGAAUCGCGUUGGCGUUCAUAUCGUUCGGCAGUUUAGUCGCCCCACCCUUUGGCGGAACACUCUAUCAGAUCGCCGGAAAGGAAGUGCCAUUCAUUAUCUUGUCAUUAGUCUGUCUAUUGGACGCAAUUAUGUUAAAGUUUGUGAUGAGACCCGUCAGGCAACAGAUGAAGGAGUCCGGUGUGGAGAGACCCACAGGAACUCCCAUUCAUACACUAUUGAUGGAUCCAUAUAUCGCUUGCUGUGCCGGCGCUUUAGUGAUGGCUAACGUUUCGCUGGCAUUCUUAGAGCCAACCAUUUCUUUAUGGAUGGAGAAUACAAUGCCAGACAUAGAGGAAUGGCAAAUGGGUCUCAUAUGGUUGCCCGCAUUCUUCCCGCACGUUCUCGGCGUUUACACCACAAUCAAAUUGGCCGACAAAUAUCCAAGAUAUAUGUGGAUGAUAGCGGCCGUAGGGCUGGCAAUUGAGGGCGUGUGUAGUUUUAUGGUGCCGUUCGCCGAGUCCUUCUGGUUUCUCAUAUUACCCAUAUCUGGCAUCUGUUUCGGUAUAGCACUGGUCGACACAUCACUUCUGCCAACACUCGGCUAUUUAGUAGAUGUGCGAUACGUUUCGGUCUACGGCUCGAUCUACGCGAUCGCCGACAUCUCCUACUCUCUGGCCUACGCUAUCGGACCCAUCAUUGCGGGCGGUAUUGUUGAGACGAUCGGAUUCUUUACGCUCAACAUAUGCAUCGGUAUAUCAAACCUGUGUUACGUACCGGUGCUCUCACUCUUGCGAAACAUAUACGACUACAAGCCUUUCGAAGGCGAGAAUAUUCUGAUGACAGAACAGCCAAACAAACGACUCUUUCAACCGCCGGACAACUCCUAUAAACAGCAAACACAACAACAAAAGACUAAUUCUAUUGUUAACCAAAACAUUAGUUCAGGAUUUGUGGAUAACAAUCAAACACAACAGUUGACUGCCAGUAGUGCACAGCAGCACAAGUCCUAUACCAUCGCUGAGGACCCGUGGGGUGACGGCGGGGCCGCCAAACGAAACCCAUUCCUGGCCGGCGGUGAGGCCAACACCCGCUCCGACACCAUGUGCUCAAACGGUUACGUAAACCAAAGCCAAUGA